AUGGCAUAUUAUUUAAGAUCUAAAUGUUUAAAUUGGGUACCAAGAUCUCUAUGUAAAAUAGUAUUCAAGCCAUCACAUACAUUAUCACUAUUAAAAUAUAAUAAUAUAUAUACACAAAAUUCUGCAAAUUUGUUUACUUCAUCUAAUACACAAGAUAUAAGUACUGAACUUGAUAAAUCAAAUAAUUUGGAUAAUACUAGUGAUACUAUGGAAUAUCUUAAAGAAAAAAUCAUUAUUUUAGAAAAUGAUAUCACUGAAAAUGUAAAGAAAACUAAAGAAACUCAAGAUAAAUUUUUAAGAACACUUGCUGAUUUAGAAAACUUAAGACAAAGACAUCAGAAAGAUUUAGAAAAUACUAGAAUAUAUGCAAUAAGUAAUUUUGCAAAGAGUUUACUUGAAGUAAUAGAUAAUUUAUCAAGAGCUUUAUCUGCAUUUCCUUCAGAUAAAAUACAAAGUGAUAAAAAUCUUAAAAGUAUAUAUGAUGGUAUUGAUUUAACUAAUUCAACUUUAUUAAAAAUAUUUGAAAAUUUUGGUAUAUAUAAAUUUGAAUGUAUAGGUGAAAUUUUUGAUCCUAAAAAGCAUGAAGUUUUAUUUGAAACUAUUGAUGAUAAUAAGCCUAAAGGAACUAUAUCAUGUGAAUUAUUACCUGGUUAUACAAUUCAUGAUAGGAUUUUAAGACCUGCUAAAGUUGUUACAGUUAAACAUUCUUAA